AUGACAGUUUCCCCAAUUACCGUCUGCGUUACCGGAGCCGCCGGCCAAAUCUCUUACAGCCUGCUCUCUAUGCUCGCGGCAGGCAGCGUGUUCGGUCCAGAACAACCGGUCACGCUGCACCUGCUCGAAAUUCCGCCGGCCCUCCCCGCCCUCGCCGGCGUCGUCAUGGAGCUGCUGGACGGCGCCUUCCCGCUUCUGCACUCAGUCACGCAAACGGCAGACCCGUCGGUCGCCUUCGCUGACGCCGACAUCGCCGUGCUCGUCGGCGCUUUCCCCCGCCGCGCCGGCAUGGAGCGCAAGGACCUUCUCGAGAAGAACCUGCCCAUCUUCGAGCGCCAGGCACACGCGCUCAACGAGCACGCCUCCAAGCACGUCAAGGUCGUCGUCGUUGGCAACCCUGCAAACACCAACGCCAUGGUCCUCGCCGCCUUCGCGCCGGACAUCCCGCGCGCAAACAUCUCCGCCCUCACCCGCCUCGACCACAACCGCACCAUGGCCCAGGUCGCCGCACGCCUUGACGUCCCGGUCCAGAGCGUCGCCGGCGUCUGCAUUUGGGGCAACCACUCGUCAACGCAGUAUCCUGACAUCACGCGCGCCACGGUGGACAACGUGCCCGUUUUUGACAAGCUGGGUGGCUUCGAGAUCGUCGCCAGAGAUUUCAUUCCGACGAUUCAGAAAAGGGGCGCCGCCGUUAUCAAGGCCCGCGGCUUCUCCUCGGCUCUGUCCGCGGCCAGAGCCAUUGCGAACCACUUGCGCUCGUGGGUGUGCGGCGACGAACACAUCGUCAGCAUGGCUGUGCCUUCGGACGGGUCGUAUGGGAUUAAGGAGGGCGUCUUCUUUUCGUUUCCGGUGCGAUGCAUGGGUGACGGCGUCGUGGAGAUUGUUAAGGGCAUUGAGAUUGACGAAUUUUCGAAGAGGUACAUCGAUGCCACGGCCGAGGAGUUGUACGCGGAGAGGGAGGAAGCGCUUGCGCUGCUCGAAUGAGAACACGCUCGCCAUCGCCUGCAGCCGAGGCUCUAGCACCACAGUUUAUUGUUGCGCAUGUAGUAAGAGCUGGGCGACCAGGCGGUGCGCGAGGUGAGUUGUUACGGCUAGCGGACGUUUAUGUAGUUUGUUGGACAGUGACUUUUUGAUCAGGUGGACAUGUGUGGGGCCGCUUUGUACUGGCGCUGGUGGCCUAUUUUUCUUCGUGACAACAUGCUUAAGUUGAUAAAUACACGACUAUGAACAUGAUUAUGGUGAAUGCAAGGUGACGGGAAAUUCAUUCCGCAGUGCGAUUCAACAGACUCGUCGUUUUUACCAAAA